CCCGCGGAGCGAUGGGGCGGCCGGGGGUGCCCCUGGCCCUGCUGGGGUUAGGGCUGUGCUGGGCUGCGGCGGCCGAGCGGCACACGGUGUUCUGGAACAGCUCCAACCCCCGGUUUCUGUGGAGUGACUACACGGUGGAGGUUCGUCUCAAUGACUACCUGGACAUCAUCUGCCCCCAUUACGAGGAGGGCAGCGUGGACCCCCGGGCCAUGGAGCGCUACACCCUGUACCUGGUGGAGCUCGAGGAGUACCAGGCCUGCAAGCCCCGCUCCAAGGAGCAGAUCCGCUGGGAGUGCGACAAGCCCAGCGCCCUGCACGGCCCCGAGAAGUUCUCCGAGAAGUUCCAGCGCUUCACUCCCUUCACGCUGGGCAAGGAGUUCAGGGAGGGACACAGCUACUACUACAUCUCCAAGCCCAUCCACCACCACGGUGAAGCCUGCCUGAAACUGAAGGUGACGGUGACAGGCAAAGGCACUCCGGCACCGCCUGCCCCGGCCUCGACGCAGAAGGGGAGGAUCCAGGCAGACGAUGCGGCCGCACACGUGCUGAGGAGCGUGGGGCAGAACUCGGCCAUGCGCAGCAGCAGCCGCCCCUUCACCUUCAUCAGCCUCCUCCUGCCCCUCCUGGUGCCGCAGGGGCUCUGAGCUGCCCCUCGUGCCCGGACCCACCGAGGCUGUGGCCACUGGGGACCCCCGUGGUCCCCGCACGUCUGCCCCGGGUGCCCUGCCCUGUGCACAUCUGGGCAAGGAAAGGAUUUGUCAGUAUUACGGGGCUGGAGGGCCCAAAGCCAUUGGAGCAGCUGGAGCCUUCAGGCUUCCCUGGCCCUUCCAGGAUGGUCCUGGCAGCCAGAGGCCGAGCGGGAGCCUGGGGCUGGAGGGGCUGAGGUGCCCCAGACUGGAGAGGGGCAGGGGGCUGGCACCCCUGCCCCGCAGCUGAGCUCGCCCACCACCCUCGGGGCUUUCCCCGCGGUGGGCUGGAACUGGAAUGUGUCCUGCAGGCGGGGACGUGGGGGUGGCCAGGUGACGCUGGUGCAGGGGGCCACUUACCGCCCCGAUGUCAGUAGCCAGGGAGCACAGACAGGCCGGAGAUGCCCCGCAGCCAGGGGAGCGGGGUUAUAAGAAACAUCCCACUCCUCACUGUGCUGCACCCCUACCCCGUCCUUCAUCCCCUGGCCCUUCCCCAUCCCUCCCCUCCGCUGGGUGCCGGAGGGGCCCCCCAGCACCCCCUUUGUACAGCUUUUGACACGGGACUUUUUAUACCAUUGUCGGGAAUAAAUAACCAAAACCAU